AUGUUUGCAAUUUAUGGCGAUGUGACCCUUCGAAAAAAACCAGGAUACAUGAACGAAAACACAAAUACAUUUCUUUGGAUCUACUUCAUCCAAGUAGGCUUUCGAAUAUUGUUCCUGGUUUCUAUGUCAAAGCUGGUCUACAGUUAUGAGAAAAUUGUUUUGCCAGAGUUUUUCGAAUGUGAUGUUAAUCAGACCAACAGUCAAACCAUGCCAAGUCCACUCAACCAAACAAAAAUAACAUUGACAUGUCAUGAUCUUCAUCACGAUGAGAAAUCAAAGAUAAAUAUAGCUUAUAUAGCUGUUAAUGUCUUGUGUAUGGUGUUAAGCAUAUUUGAAGUCCUACACUUGUGGUGUAAAAGGGAAACAUGUCUGCAGCAUUUGAUUGGAGACCUUGAAGACUUUAAGGUUGAUGACUCACCGCAAAGUUUACCUGAGAAACCAACCAUCACAAAUACAGAAAUAGAAGUUGACAAGGAUUUCAUUGUUACCUGGUCAGAAGCUGAGGCCAACAACAGUAAUUGUAGCAUUGAAUACCGUCUGGAAUGGAGGAAACAACCAGUGACAGGAUCCACAGAAAUGGCUAAACGAAAUAUUGUGGGAACUCGCUUCAAGAUAACUGGUCUUGAGUAUGACGCAGAGUAUGAAGUGAAACUGUUUGCUGUCAACAAACAAGGAGACAGUGAGCCAGAUGUCAGAACAUUUAAGACAAAGAGUGGUGGGAUCCCAAGUGAGAUCCCACCUGGGAUUAUGGACCAUCCUGCCAAUUGA